CCAGCAACAAGCAACGACUGCAACAAUGGCGAAAUCAAAGAGCCGCGUGAAGCAGUUUGAGGAAAUGGACGAGCACAUUUCAAAAGAACACGACCCUGAAGCCGACGUCGAGGCGAGCGAACAGGGCAGUGGAAGCGAGGCCAGCGACGAUGAGAACGCGGGUACAGAACAUUACGUUUCCGUCGGGAAAAGCAAGUUGAGAGAGAAGGAGGGUGUAUCUCUCGGUCCUCAGUAUCGAGGAGCUCGCGUUACAAGACAAGCUCUGGACCAAGAGAGCGACGAUGAAACCGAUGAGGAUGAUGGCGACGAGGGAUCAGAAGACGGAGAUGAGUACGACGAUCCCGAGACAGCCAAUCUGGAACUCGACACCGCAGAAGCCAGCGACUCGGAGAUUUCUAGCGAAAAUGCUCUGGGCGAGAGCGACGAUGAGCGAUUGAAGGACUUUACCUUCCGAGGGAGCUCGAAGCCCAAGAAGCCGCUCAAGUCGAAAAAGAGGGCUACUGCUGCAGACUACAUGUCCUCCUCUGACGAAGCGGGUGAGGGUGGCGCUGAGGUGGAUGAGGAUGAUGAUAUGAGCGGUGUUGAUCUGGGCGAGUCUGGCGAGUCUGACGACGACAUGGACGAUGGUUUGGAUGCGCUUGUGAAUGGGGACUCGGACGAAGAGUCCGAUGAGGAUGGCGACGAGGAUAAUGGCGACGAGGAUGAUGACGAUGACGAUGAAGACGAGGAAGAGGAAGAUGAUUCGGAAAGCGACGACGAGGGUAGCAAGGACCAAACCGCAAAGCCAGCACUUGCAGCUUUGUCGACCAGAGCCGAUGUCGACAAGGGCCUUGCGAUUCAACAGCAGAGGAAGCUCUAUGAUGGACUCCUCAAUCUUCGAAUUCGUCUCCAGAAGGCGCUCAUCGCUGCAAACACUUUCGCAACCAUUGAGGACACCCCAGAGCCCGAGUCUGAGCCUUACGAGGCUGCAGAGGAGGCCGCCAUCAAGCUUCUCAACACCAUCAGCAGCCUGAAGAACAACUUUGGGUCAUCAUCCCGGGCUGGCGACAAGCGGAAACGUGAGCUUGAAGUGUCAAUGGCUACUCAGGAUAUCUGGAACCAGAUGCAAGAGGAGGAAGAGCGGUCCGUCAAGUUCAGGGAGGACCGACUAGAGAAAUGGGCUCGCAAAGUCCAGACUGUCAACAUUACGGCACCGGGCGCCUUGGGCUCCAGGAACAAGACUCUCAUCAGCGCCCUCCAAGAGCAGCUCGCCAACCCGGAUAACCGCCUGGCAAAGCGAUCUCGUGUCCCGCGAUCAUGCGCCCCCGCGCAGGCGGCCAAGGGCGUCACAGAAGACGAAGACAUUUACGAUGACGCCGACUUUUACCAACUCCUCCUCAAGGAGCUUGUGGACCAGCGAACUGUGGAAAGCGCGUCGGCGCAAGCAGGUGCGGUUCCGACGGUGAUGAUGACAGUCUCUAAGGAGGCCAAGAUGCGCAAGAAUGUCGAUCGCAAAGCCAGCAAGGGCCGCAAGAUGCGUUUCACGGUGCACGAGAAGCUGCAGAACUUUAUGGCUCCCGAGGAUCGGCGGGCGUGGGAACAGGAGGCCAUUGAUCGAUUCUUUGGUACCUUGUUUGGACGCAAGAUGGAGCUCAACGAGAAUGACAGCGACGACGACAUGGAGGUUGAUGCCGAGGAGGCUGGUCUCCGACUAUUCAGGAGCUAAAAAUUUGUACCAGAUUGUACUACGAUAUAGAUGUAAUCGGACUUAAACAUCCCCAAGC